AUGUCAACGAAUAACACCACUACAAACAAUGAAGAUCUAAUAUCCUCAUUAUAUCCACCACCACCGCCAUACUAUAAAUUUUUCACCAAAGAUAAUUUACAAAAACUUUCCACGUGGCAAGAAAACAAUCAAACAACAACAGUAUCCUCAGAGGUUAAAUUAGAAGAAGAAAAUACUGAUCCUGAUUCUAAUAAUCUGGAAGAAAAUUCUAUACCUCCAGGAGAAUUAAGAUUUUUAAUACCGCCAAAACAACCUGAAGGUCCACAAUAUCGAGGAUAUGGUAAUAUUUGGUUAUUUGAAGAUAAAUUGCCCAAUUUAAAAGAUUCUCAAUGGGAACAAUUAUAUAAUACUUCCACUUCCACUUUCACUUCCACUUCCACUUCCACCGCCAACACCAACAUCAUCACCAAUACUGACACUGAUAUCAAUGGGAAUCAAGAAGUCGAUGCCGGCGAUUCUACGGGCGAUGAAAAUUUAACUUCGGAAACAAAAAUUAAAGAAUUACACAAAUUAAUGGAUUCAUUAUUAUUAAAUUUUUUAGAAUUAAUUGGAAUAUUAAGUAUUGAUCCAAUAAAAUAUGAUAAAAAAAUUCAUGAUAUAAAUUUAAUUUUAAUUAAUAUUAAUCAUUUAUUAAAUACUUAUCGACCUCAUCAAAGUCGAGAAAGUUUAAUUAUGUUAUUGAAAAAUCAAAUUGAUUAUAAAUUUUUAGAAAUCGAUCAAAUUAAUAAAAAAUGUCUUGAUAUUAAAUCCAAAAUUAAAAAUUUAAUUAAUGAACGAAUAACAGUGGUAAGUGAUGGUACAACAACAAAUACAACAACAACGACAAAAACAACAGGACUUGGUGAUGGUGAUUCAAUUGAUGAAAAGGAACAAUUGAAACAAGAUAUCAUUAAUAGAUUAUUACUGUCAAUAUAA